AUGGCUACCAACCCCACCCCCUUCAUUCAUCCCCAGCACCAACUAAUCUCCAUUAAACUCACAGAUUCAAACUACCAGUUAUGGAGGCAACAAACCUACAAUGCUAUUGUUGGGUAUGCUUUAGAAAGCUUCAUUGCUGUAGAUUUCACUCCACCCCCGAGGUUCCUCUCAUCUGGUAGCACAGAUGCACCAUCCCUCAACCCAGAGUUUGCCACUUGGGUAAGACAAGAUCAACUACUCAUGUCUUGGUUACUUUCCUCGCUGAGUGAAAACCUUCUUAUAAUGAUGGUUGGCAAGACUACCUCUCAAGAGGUGUGGAGCUCUCUAGAAUCUAACUUCUCUGGACUCUCAAAGGCAAGGCUUAUGCACCACAAGCUCCAGCUUCAAACCCUAAAGAAGGGAUCUAGCAAUAUGAGAGAGUUUCUGAGCAAAGUCAAGGCCUGCUGUGAUGCCCUUGGUGUUGCAAGAGAACUAGUCUCAGAACAAAACUAG